AUGCAAGUGCUAGCUACAUUCGUCCUCGUCUGGCUGAUUAACGAAGUCCGGGGGGCGAUCAGAACACCCCUAGAAGCGUUCAGGCCCUCGGCAGAAAUUCACAUACGAAGACCAGACAAACUCCCGUUCCUGCCCCAUAGAAGGACGAUGCAACAGAAGGGCGGCCUCAAGAUUCUGUACCAAACAGGCGUGUCCGAGGAGGAUUUACCAGAUUGCAGAGCGCGCCAAGUUUGCAGUAAAGUAGAUCUCUACGAUACAACCCAACCGUGGAUCGAGCGGAAAUGCCGUUGUUUGGGACACAGGCCUUGUUCUAGCGAGUUAUCAUCGGACGACAAUCACACACUCGCCGACAAAACAACGUUAUACAAGACUUGCGAACCAGUAAGACGGUUACCGAAAUGCCGUUACUUCAAGGACGCGGCGUGGACCAUUUUCUCGCUGCCGGACAGCAACGCCACUCAACAGAUUGUAAACUGCCAUUGUCCAAAAUCUUCAGUCACGUAUUUACUCAAGAAGCUGCCGUACACGACACCUAGCGGUGAACAGGGGAACCAAUAUCAGUUUGCGUGCUCACCACAAAGUCGCUUGAGGUGUUCAAGGAAGGAGCCAUGCAGGCUAUUCAGUGCUCGACGUCGCCAUGAACAAAUAGACGAAGUGAACGCCAGUACUAUAUGCCAGUGCCCCCGGGACCAUACUUGCCCUAAGCACCACACGGAACCCGGAGUCCUGCCUGGCGUCACUUACAUAGCCGAAGACAUCCGCACCUACCACGGCUACUGUAUGCCGGAGCCACCCCCCGACAACUACAGAUUCGUCGGAGAUAAAGACUGA